UUCAAUGGAUCUUCUGGAAAGAUUAUUAUUUUUUAUUUUCACAACAUUUUUGGUUACCUUUGUAACAAUUUGGACUGUUGAGUCUGAAAAUGUUCCUACUAGUGAGACUUCAGUGUGUGGGCAAAAGUCGUCCGAAGAUAGGGAGCCUUGGCAGGUAGCUAUGUUUUACAACCGAAGUUUUUUUUGUAGUGGUACAUUGCUAAACGAGAGGGUGGUUCUCACAGCUGCUCAUUGUGUAACAAGCCGCAAACCCAACUCCUUAGUUUUGGCGCUAGGAAAGCGUUAUCGGAAAUAUGAUGAUGCGCGAGAUAGCGCUACUGCACAGUUCCUACAAGUGCAAGAAAUACUCGUUAACAAACAGUACAAAAACGUCAGUACUAGCAAUGGUGAUAUUGCUCUUGUGGUUACACAACAACCAGCCGUUUUUAACGAGUACGUACAACCAGUGUGCUUAGAUUCCACAGGAACAGUUGACCCAUUUAAUUCUGAUCGCGUUUUCAUGACGAGCUGGGAACAGUGGCGACUUCCCAAACCAACCGUUGACGAUUAUAAAACCGUAAAAGUGACUGUGGCUUCAAGCGAACAAUGUCGUGAUAAAGUGCCAAAACUGUUUGUAAAACACAUCACCGAAGACAAAUUAUGCGCAAGUUUUGAGAGGGAGAAUGAAUUAUCGUUGUGUCAAGGUUUGAGUGGGUCAACUGUCAAUGUGGAGCAAAAUGGAAAAUAUUAUGUUACUGCAGUUGGACUUGUGGGUUACACUCUCCCUGGAAAACGUUGUGACGACAAACAGUACAACAGUUUCACAAAUGUUUCGUAUUAUACGAAAGAUUUUAUUAUUGACAAGUUAAAACAGUAUUCGAGCAAUGUGUAGAUAAUAUUUGGGAUCAUGGCAAUGACUUG